UGGUAAUUCUAAUUCGCAGUUGGAUGCCCCCGGAGGAUGGCUCUCCCGUCUCCCUCCUCUCCCUCUCUCCCUAGGCGCUCUCCAUCCACCCCCGCCUCUCCAUCCCCCUCCCCGUCACCGGUGGCGUGGCCCGGGCGUCUUCCCCUCCCCUCGCUGAUGCGACCCUCCCCCUCCCCCCUGCAUGCGUGCCGGUGUUGUCUUCUCCUCCUCCUUCUCCUCUACCCGUGUUGGGAUCUCGCUUUUGGGCUCUCGCCUCCGAUGAGGACGAGCCGUGGUCUGCUCCUUCCUCCCCCUGCUGCUCGCCGGCGGGUCCGGGGCGGUCGGCGGCCCUCCCUCCUGCGCCCCGCCCCCGCAAGUUUGCUCCUGGUGGGAAGGGUCGGCCUUGGGCUGCUGCAGUGCCCGAUGAUGGCUGGAUCCGGGUUUCUCGCCGUCGGUGCAAGUUUGGUAAGAGUUCGGUUGUUCUUCCUGGUUUGGGGAUUCUGGGAGCCGCCCCUGAUGGGGAGCUUGGUGGCUCUCCCCAUCAUCCUCUUCCUCCUGUGGUGAUUCCCCGUCUGCCGCGCCGCCAGCGGCGGUGCUCCCGGGGCGGUUGGUGCCGCCGGUGUCGCUUGACCUAGAUCUGGUGGUCACUCCGUUGGGUAAUGGGCCGCUAGCUGGGCCCUCUGGUGGGCUUGUUGGGCCGCUCGCUGCUGCCCCACCAGGUGGGACCUCUUUCCCCCCGCUUUCGUCUGUCGUCGAUUUUCCCCCUCUAGCAUCUACUGGCCCAGUUAGGGUCCCCGCUGUGUUGCCUGCUCCUUCCGCUUCGGUGGCCCAUUCAGCCCGUCGGGCCCAGGUGGGCACGGCGUCGACCGGCUACUUAUGGAUUCCCCAUGGUUCCUCCCCCCUUUGCUAGGUUUUCCGGCUUCCGCUGCAGAUUUGCGCCGCCACCGCUUUCCCAUCCGCCGUCUCGUCAGAUCUAGCCCUCCUCCUCCCCUUCUCCUCUCCUUUGCUGCGGUGCUCACCAUGGACAAGUCUCGGGACUCGUCGUGCGAGGCUGUGUCGGGCAGUAAGCGGCCGCGCGAGGAGUCGCCUGCGUCUACGGUGGAUCUGGAGCUCGAGGCCGAGCUCCGCUCUAAGCUGGAGGCGGAGCAAGCGGCCCGCGAGCAGGUGGCUCGGGACCGUGCGGCCUGGGCUGCGGGUCCGGAUUGGUCACAGCGCUCGGAGCGGGGGCGCGCCCCUGGCUCUGGCCCUUCGCGUCCUGCUUCUGGUCCCUCUCCUCCUCCUGUGGUGGAUCCAUGGGAGGCGGCGGCGGCCUUCGGUGGUGGGGGUUCUUCCUCCUCGGGCUCCUUGCCUGUGCUUGGCGCGGGGCGCGGCGCGCCUGCCCCGGUGCGUUUCCCCCCUCCUCCUCGUCCGGCUAGUGCGGGUGUGGGGUCCCGCCCGCCGCCUCGGUCCUUCGUGGGGGCGGCGCGGUGCCCCUCGGUCCUCUCCCUGGAUCUUCCUCCUCGCCGGUGGUUGGGGACGGGAUCUUGCCUCCUCCUCCUUCGCUCCCGCAUCCCCGCCCCUCCUCUGCCUCCCACAGCAAUCCUUCUGCGCUCACCUGCUUCGCCUGCCACAAGCCCAAUCACUUCCAAUCUCGAUGUACCAACCCUCCAUUCUGCCUGAUUUUCCGCUCUGAUGGGCACCUCACGGUCAAUUGCUCUAAUAGACUGAAACCUCCCUCGCUCCUCUAGUUUGGUACUGGCCUCCCUGGUUGUGCCUUCUUUGGUUUUGAUAGUGAUCUGCCUACUCUGGAGGUGGCCCCCUCGCUUUCGAAUGCGGCUAUUAUUUCUGUGAAGGACCAGAAGAUCUCUCCCCAGACUUUACUCGAUGGGCUCCGGAUCUCGGACGAGGCUGGAUGGGAUUGGCAAGUGGCCCAGAUUUCUGAUCAUGAGUUUUCAGUUGUGUUCCCUUCCAAGGAGUGCAUGUGGAUGAUCGCUUCUUGUACUAGCUUCACCCUUCCCCUCAACCAACUGGUCAUCUCGGUCAAGCCGGCAACUUGCAAUGGUACGGUGGUUGGCCCUCUUUCUCAGGUCUGGGUUUUGAUUGAUGAUUUACCAGCUGGGCUCCGCUCUUCUGCCUUUCUCAUGGUGGUGGGGGUUCUAAUUGGGAAGCCCGUGGAGGUGGAUUUGGAAUCUCUGAAUAAGGUUGGCCCCGCUAGGAUGAAGAUUUGGUGUCUGGAUUCGGGUCGUGUUCAUGGAUCGGUCGAUGUUUUUCCCUCCCCCGGCGGUAUCAGGCUCAGGGUGCGGGUGGAGGGGGCGGCUGCCUAUCAACCCCCUCCUCCCCCUUCUCCUCCUUCUAAUCCCAUGGAUAAACACGAUAAGGACGAGGAUGGAUCGAUGGGUGGUAAUAACCAGAGUGAUGGCUCCAAUCUUCGUUUCACCCAAUCUGAAUGGGAUGGCUUGGCUGAGUCUGAAAGGGAGCUGUUCCAGUCUCAAGAUCCUUCUAGUGCUGCCCCUCGGCAGUCUUUGGCGAUUCCUCCUACUGAUUCCAUGGUUGCUGCUCCUGAUGUUGCUUCUCUGAAGAUCCCGCCUGUGUCGGCUACCCCCAAGUCUGGUGCUUGCUCCAACCUCCCGGCUCGCCCGAUCUCCCCCACCCGCUCCGGGAUUGAGGAUCUGCCUGCCUCCCCUGAGCGUGAUGUGGUGGGUGCCCAGUCUCAGAGGAAGAAAAAGUCUUCGGUGCGCAAAUUCUCAGCUAAGAGCAGGAAUUCUCUGGGCUCAAAACAAUCCAUUACCGGUGUCUGCCGUCGUCUCGACAAGGAUCCCGGGUCCAUGUCUCGCUCUGGUCCAUCUCCGGCUUCCCCCGUUCCUCGGGCGCAGGCGAUUCGGUCGCCGGCGUCUACGGCCCGCAAAGGUUGGCGGGUGGCCAACUCGGGAGGCUCUGUUCUGCAGCGGGCGGAAAAGCGGGCUGCGGCGAAGGAUCUUCCUACCCCAGCAGUGGAGAUUAUUGACUAAAGACGACGAUCGGGAUGCCCUGGACGUGCUCAUCGCCAAAAUUCGGGCUUCGUCAUCCCUCUUCUCAGGGCUGGGCCCAAACGUCUGAUCUAUGUCGCGGUGGUUAUAUCCGUUUGGUGGUAGUCUUCUCUUUCCCUCCGGCCCGCGCGCCGUGUAUGGCAGGGUGCCAUGUAUCGCUCUGAAACUUCUUUCGCUUGCUACAGGCUCUAUGUUCGUUGGAUUUGC